CCCACAUGCCACCCAUCUACUCUAUUCCGACUUCAGGCACACAGCGGAAGUCCACACAAGUCGCAGUCUGGAGAGCAAUGCGGUGAAGCUUUGAUUGACGCGCGUGUCCCAUUGCACGCGACUCAUUAUCCUCUUGCCAUGACUUCCAAAGCAGCCCGCCUCGGCGACGAGGUCUGGAAGUCUCGCGUCGAAAAGGUCAACGCUGAAGUCGUCACUUUAACCUACGGCACCAUCGUCGCCCAACUCUGCCGCGAUCUCUUACUGCCCAACACUUCAGCGCAAACAGACUAUGGCGCAGUCAAUGCCGAACUGGACCGUAUGGGAUUCAACAUUGGACAGCGAUUGAUCGAGGACUUUUUGGCGAAGAGUAAUACUGGUAGCUGCAGCAAUUUCAAAGAGACGGCAGAGAUCAUCAGCAAAGUCGGCUUCAAGAUCUUCAUGAACAUUACACCCACGGUAACAGGAUGGACGGCAGAUGGCAAGGGCUUUGGUUUAGUGUUCGAAGAGAAUCCGCUGGCAGAUUUUGUGGAGUUGCCCGAUGAUGGGAGGGCUCAAGACGAGUUGUGGUAUAGCAACAUUUUGUGUGGUGUGAUACGAGGCGCGCUGGAGAUGGUACAAAUGCAGGUCGAGGCGCACUUUGUGAGCGAUGUGCUGAGAGGAAAUGACACGACUGAGAUGCGGGUAACGCUCAUACGAUAUAUCGAGGACGAGUUGCCUCCAGACGACGAGUGAGCGAAGGCACGUCUCCUCGCACUCUCCGCGAUACUUGCAGAAGCCAAGCUCAUCGUACCCUGCAUGGCUGCACUUACGGUACACUGGACUUGAGAGCUCGCCACAGACAGUGAGAUGCUGAGUCUACGGUCGAGCGUUGCGCUCAGUACAUGAUCGCAGAACUGGGGAUCUCGACGCAACAGUCCGCGGAGCCACGCAUGCUCAAUAUGUAAUACAUAUCUCAUAGAAGCCACUUCACUUGGGAAGUGCACGAGCACAAGACGAGUGAGAGACUGAAAGGUCGCGCUGAAUGCAGCCCGCGCCCAAAAUGGGCUUACAGCCCGCGGUCGGUGGUACAGCAGACGGUUGAGAAUGCAGCACACAGCGGUCGCAUAUGGGAGAUAGGCACGUAGCCGCACUCAAACCAUCAUGGGUGUGUUAGUGCGUGCGCCAGGCGUCGAAAGGUCACCGCUUCCCAGAUUCUUGGGACGCGCUCACGAUCCCUUGAUCCCACAUUUCCAAGCCCACGUGCUGGGGCGGGAGGAAGCCGGCACUGCAACGGCAUCAAGAAGAUAUACUUUUACAUCCGCUCUCCGGUGUGUAUGCGACACAGGCGAAUUUUAGCAGACCGGAACCUAGAUACGCGCAUUGAGAUGAUGAAAGCCUUGCCACUGUGUAUUGCGGCAGAUUUCCAGCAUCGGGCUGCAAUUCGACACCCG